AGUGUUAGCGUGCAAGAGACAGAGAACAAAGGAACAAACUUACAAGCUUUUUCUCUCUUACAUCCAGAACCAUGUCUCACAUAGCUGUGGAGAGGAACAGGAGAAGACAAAUGAACGAGCAUCUCAAGGUUUUGCGUUCCUUAACUCCAUGUUUCUACAUCAAGAGGGGAGAUCAAGCAUCAAUUAUAGGUGGUGUAGUAGAAUUCAUCAAGGAAUUGCACCAAGUUGUUCAAUCCUUGGAGUCGAAAAAACGCAGAAAGAGUAGUAGUCUAAGCCCUAGCCCGGGACCUAGUCCGAGGCAAUUUCAGUUAAGUUCUCAACCAGACAGUCCAUUUGCAUAUAAUACUGAUCGGUUCAAGGAAGUUGGGGCUUGUUGCAACUCUCCCCUUGCAGAUGUUGAAGCUAAGAUUUCGGGAUCCAACGUUCACCUACAAACGAUAUCUAGGCGAAUUCCGGGGCAAAUUGUGAGGAUAAUCAAUGUGUUGGAGAAACUUUCAUUUGAGAUUCUUCAUUUGAACAUAAGUAGCAUGGAAGACACCGUCCUAUACUCUUUUGUCAUAAAGAUUGGACUUGGAUGUCAAGUGAGUGUGGAGGAACUGGCCCUUGAAGUUCAACAAAGCUUCUGCUCUGAAGCAGUUUAUGUUAAAGGCGAUACAGAAAAUCCAGUACAAGGGUUCUAAAUUUUAAGCAGUCCCUGGAGGAUGGCUGAUAUUUUAUAUAUAUGCAUACAAAUAUGUGUGUUAAGAAAUACGAUAGUGAGGUUAAACUUCGUGGGACAAUAAUGACAAUGACAAUGGGAUGUAAAUAUCCUUUUCGUAUGAGAGCAACAAAGGAUUAAACCUUAUGGUAAUGAAAUAAUUUAACCUCACAUUGAUUAACAGCUUCAUUCUUUUCUCUCUUUGUGCAUGCAUUUUUUGCGUAUGUUGUG